AUGAAUGUUACGACACCAAAUGAAUGUUACGACACCAAACGGGAUCGAUACGACACCAAACGGGAUCGGUAUGACACCAAACGGGAUUGGUAUGACACGAAACGGGAUCGGUAUGACACCAAACGGGAUCGCACCAAACCGGAACGUUGCGACAUCAAACGGGAUUGUUACCGACAUCAAAUGAAUGUUACGGCACCGAACGGAAUCAUUACCGACACUAAACGGGAACAUUAUCGAGACCAAAUGAAUGUUACGACACCGAACGGGAACGUUACCAGCACUAAACGAGAGCGUACACUGACACCAAAUGAGAACGCACACUUAACACCAAAUAGAACGUUACUGAAACCAAAUGGGAGCAUUACCGACACCAAAUGGGAACACCACUGA